UGUAGUUACUUUGUUUAUUUCUCUUAACCACAUUUUGUGCACGUGUUGUUUCUGUGUUAUUCAUAAAAGAAACCAAAAUGAAAACGUCGGAAACAAUAUCUCUCGAUAAAAACAAGCAACGAAGCGUAACAGCCAAAACCAAGAAACUUAAAAAGGCUAUUAAAUCUGGAAGAAUAGCAAUACGAGAGAACCGUAAGGAAAAACGGCUUAAUGCAGAAAAGGCCCGAGGUUUGAUUUACAUAGCGCAUUUGCCGCAUGGUUUUUACGAAGAGGAAAUCACAAAAUAUUUCAAACAAUUUGGUAGAGUGACGAACGUCAAAGUUUGCCGUUCCCGCAAUAAUGGUAACAGCAAAGGGUUUGGCUACGUGGAAUUUGCACACCCUGAAGUUGCCAAAAUCGCAGCCGAAACUAUGAACAAUUACAUCAUGUUCAAAAAACGGAUAGUUGCUGAAUUUGUUCCACAAGAAAAAAGGCCUAAAUCACUGUUCCACGGUAAGCAAAGUAUGCCUCAGAAGUUCUCCAAACAGCGGCAACGUCUCAAAAACGCAAAAACCAAAAAUAAGGAAAUUGAUGAUGAAACACAUUUAGAACAAAGUAAAUCCAGAUUGACUAGACUACAGAAAAGGUUACAAAAAAUCAACAAAUUUGGGAUUGAUUAUGACUUAAAACCAGUUGAUGUACCUAAAGGUGUAAAUAAAAAAGUUUCACUUUAAAAA